ACAAACGCGUUCGCUUGCCGCUCACAGCCAAGCCGCGGCGGCGCUCCAUCCGACGGGAACUUUUCUGUGUAUGACAACGACUUAGUAGUUUUCCUUGUGAUUUGCUGACAUGAGUGGAGAGGAAAGCAAGCGCAAGCGGUGGGUUGGACCUCGGCCAGAAGAGGCAGCGGCGGAGCCUAAGGUCAAGAAGAUCAAAGUUUUAGAGCAUGAGGCCAUGUACUUAGAUAAUCUCCCUUGUGCUGAGUAUUAUGAAAAGAGUUACAUGCAUCGAGAUACAGUGACACAUGUUGUUGUUACCAAGACAGACUUCAUCGUCACUGGAAGUUGUGAUGGUCAUAUCAAGUUUUGGAAAAAGCAAGAGGAAGGUGUGGAAUUUGUUAAACAUUUCCGUGCCCACAUGGGAAAUGUGCAGCACCUUGCAGUCAACACGUCUGGCACCAGGCUGGUGUCCAUUUCAAAGGAUAAGACUCUGAAGGUCUUUGAUGUAGAGAAUUUUGAUAUGAUCAACAUGAUCAAGUUGAGUUUUGUGCCCAACACUUGUGAGUGGAUCCAUCCUUCAUCUGAUCCUCUACACACACUAGCUGUUUCGGAUAGUGAAAGCCCCAAGAUUUACAUCUUUGAUGGUCAUGGAGAUAGUGAGCCUCUUCACAUUCUUGAAUCCAUCCACACAAAACCUGUGACACUAAUGAAGUAUAAUCAGAUUUAUGAUGUGGUUAUCUCAGCUGAUGAAAUAGGCAUGAUUGAGUACUGGUGUGGUGCAAAGAAGGAAUUCCAGACACCAGAUAAUGUUGCAUUUGAAUCGAAACUGGACACAGACCUCUUUGAGUUUGUGAAGAAUAACACUUUUCCAAGGUGUAUGACAGUCUCACCUCAGGGUCAUCAGUUUGCAACAAUUGGAGCAGAUAAGAAAGUUCGAGUAUUCAAAUUUUUGACAGGGAAGCUUACUCGAGUCUUUGAUGAGAGCUUGCAGCACUACACUGAACUGCAGCAGAGAAAACAACAAAUACCAAAUAUGGAAUUUGGUAGAAGGCUUGCUGUGGAACGUGAUGUUGAAAAAGGCGGUGCUCUCAGUGUUUGCAAUUUAGUAUAUGAUGAAAGUGGUUACUUUAUACUGUAUGCUACUAUGCUUGGAGUGAAAGUUGUCAACCUAUACAAUAACAGGCUAGUAAGAACAAUAGGCAAACCGGAGAACUUGAGACUGCUUAACCUUGCUCUUUUCCAGGGUAAAGCCAAAAAGAACAAGGGUGCCUUGACAAUGGAGAUGGAGGCAUCAGAUAACCCUGCCCUUGAGGCUGUUCAAGCAGAUCCCACUCUGGUAGCUACAGCUUUCCGUAAAAAUCGUUUCUAUCUGUUUACCCGCCGAGAUGCUACAGAUACUAAAAGUGUCGAUACAGACAGAGAUGUGUUUAAUGAGAAACCAUCUAAGGAAGAUAUAAUUGCUGCAACAGAACAAGGCGGAGGCCAAAGACUUUAUGAAACUGCUGUGAUACAUACAUCACUUGGAGACAUCUCACUCAAGCUCUUUCCCAAGGAGUGUCCCAAAACAGUGGAAAACUUUUGUGUUCAUGCAAAGAAUGGAUAUUAUAAUGGACACAUCUUUCAUCGAGUUAUCAAACAAUUCAUGAUUCAGACUGGAGAUCCUCUAGGUACAGGAGUUGGUGGAGAGAGCAUCUGGGGAGGGGAAUUUGAAGAUGAAUUUCACCCAUCACUUCGCCAUGAUCGACCUUAUACACUUAGUAUGGCCAAUGCAGGCCCAAAUACUAAUGGAUCACAGUUCUUUGUUACUGUUGUUCCUACACCUUGGCUUGAUAACAAACAUACUGUGUUUGGCCGAGUGAAUCGUGGAAUGGAAGUUGUUCAGAACAUCUCAAAUGUUAAGUGCAACCCAAAGACAGACAAGCCAUAUGAUGAUAUAACUAUCAUAUCAAUAACUGUUAAGUAACGUCAGUUUAAAGCAAGAAUUGUCAAAUACUGUAUAAAUUUAUAGAUUUUUUUCCUAUGUAAUUUUGAUCAUAGUGACAAUGAAUUUUAAAAAGUAUGAUUAUCCACAAAAGAAAAGGUAAUAAAAAAGGAAAAGACUGC